CUCACUGCGCAUGCGCAUGGGAAGCCUGGGGUAGGCCCUGCUGUUUUUCUAACUCGAGUUCAAUCCUACACUGCCGUCUCAACCAAAACAAGGCGCAAGAAAAUCCCCCUCCUAGACGGCAAAUAACCGAGGGUUUCCAUCACCAAUGGAUUUGAGUUUUUGUGUUUGGACUUAAAACACUCAAUGACAAUCUACAGGAGCCUUUCUGCAACCUUCCCAACCUAAAGAAGAUUUAAGAGCAGAUUUACAGUGGUUCAGGAACAUUGCUGCUAUUACAGAAAUAAUGACAUGAGAGGUGGCUAGUGCUAACAUGUGGUGCCUCCAGUCUCACACACGAAUGAAAGCACAUACACCCCACAGGGACCCGCAGCAGGCUUCUCUACCUUGACCUCAGAAUCUUCUGAUUGACCCUGCACACAAAAACAUUCAUAUUCACACGCAACUUCUGUCUUGCCCACAGAUUGGCCUCAUCCUACAUCCUGUGGCAAGCUCCUCUCUUCCUUCCUUAGAGCAAGCAGGCCUGGAGGUUACAAAUGUCUACCUCACGCUUAAAGGUCCUCUCUCUACAACUGCGACCCUGAACACACUACAAAAAUGACCUCUAGCAUAGACCGGGAUGACAGCAGUAUCUUUGAUGGGUUGAUGGAAGAAGAUGAGAAGGACAAAGCAAAAAGAGUUUCUAGGAACAAGUCGGAGAAGAAGAGGCGAGACCAGUUCAAUGUGCUCAUCAAGGAACUGGGCACCAUGCUGCCGGGCAACACCCGCAAGAUGGACAAGUCUACCAUCCUACAGAAGAGCAUCGACUUCCUGCGCAAGCACAAAGAAAUUGCUGCACAGUCUGAGUCGAGUGAAAUCCGUCAGGACUGGAAGCCUCCUUUCCUCAGCAAUGAGGAGUUCACACAGCUGAUGCUGGAGGCUCUAGAUGGCUUCUUUUUGGCCAUCAUGACAGACGGAAACAUAAUCUACGUCUCAGAAAGUGUCACGUCUUUAUUAGAACAUCUACCUUCUGAUCUUGUGGAUCAGAAUCUGUUGAAUUUCCUUCCACUGGGUGAGCACUCAGAGGUGUAUAAAGCUCUAUCCACACACAUACUGGAGGGAGAGACCCUCACACCAGACUACCUGAAAACAAAGAACCAGUUAGAGUUCUGCUGCCACAUGCUCCGGGGCACGAUCGACCCGAAAGAGCCGCCCGUUUAUGAGUAUGUCAAGUUCAUCGGAAACUUUAAGUCCCUCAACACUGUGCCUAACUCGACACGUAACGGCUUUGAGGGAGUGAUCCAGCGAUCGCUGAGGCCCAUGUUCGAAGACCGAGUGUGUUUCAUAGCCACUGUGAGGUUAGCCAAGCCUCAGUUUAUCAAGGAAAUGUGUACUGUGGAGGAGCCCAAUGAGGAAUUCACCUCCAGACACAGUUUAGAGUGGAAAUUCCUCUUCUUGGACCACAGGGCACCCCCCAUCAUAGGCUACCUACCCUUCGAGGUUCUGGGGACUUCAGGGUAUGACUACUAUCAUGUGGAUGACCUGGAGACCCUGGCCAAGUGCCAUGAACACUUGAUGCAGUAUGGUAAGGGGAAGUCGUGCUAUUACCGUUUCCUGACUAAAGGUCAGCAGUGGAUCUGGCUUCAGACUCACUACUAUAUCACUUACCACCAGUGGAACUCACGGCCGGAGUUCAUCGUCUGCACACACACUGUGGUCAGCUAUGCUGAAGUGAGGGCUGAACAGCGCAGGGAACUGGGCAUUGAGGAAUCACCUCCUGAGAUCUCAGCAGACAAGUCUCAGGACUCCGGCUCUGAGUCCCAGCUGAACACCUCCAGCCUGAAGGAGGCGCUAGAGCGAUUCGAUCACAGCCGCACACCCUCCGCCUCCUCACGGAGCUCCCGCAAAUCCUCCUCACACACCGCUGUCUCGGACCCCACGUGUAUGUAUUACAUACCAAAGACAGAAGCCACACAGACAAAGCUACAGACAGACCAUAGCACACCCCCCCGCCAAUCAGUGUCAGCCAUUGAGAUGACGUCACAGCGGAGGUCCUCCAUUAGCAGUCAGUCGAUGAGUUCUCAGAACACAGGACAGACGAUGGCAGCAUCUCUUGUGUCUCAGCCUCAGCAGCCUCAGCCACUUCAGCCCAGCGUGCAGCCGGUGCUGCAGUUUUCUGCGCAGAUGGAUGCGAUGCAACAUCUUAAGGAUCAACUGGAACAGCGCACACGCAUGAUUGAGGCCAACAUCCAGAGACAACAAGAGGAACUGCGGCAAAUCCAGGAGGAGCUGCAGAGGGUGCAAGGCCAGGGCUUACAGAUGUUCUUACAGCCCGGAGGUGGUGGGCUCAACCUCGGCUCUGUGCAGCUGACGCAGGGAUCAUCCGUGCAGCCGGGGGGCGCUCUGUCCAUGCAGGGGGCGGUGGUGCCGGCAGGGAGCCUGCAAAGCGGCCUGCAAUCCACACACACAGUGACACAACACACUGUCACACAGCAUCCUCAGCAGGCACCGCCACAACAACAGAACCUUCUCAGAGAUCAGAGCUCCACACUAACUCAGCAGUCGCAGAGGUCCUCUCACACAUUGCAGUCUCCUCAGGGAGCACUGCCUGCAUCUUUGUAUAAUACCAUGAUGAUCUCUCAGCCGGCGCAGGCCAACGUUGUCCAGAUCUCCACAAGCUUGGCCCAGAACAGCAGCCCCAGUGGAGCCGCGGUCGCCACCUUCGCACAAGACCGGCAGAUACGGUUCCCUGCUGCCCCACAGCUCCUCACUAAGCUAGUAACCGGCCCAAUGGCGUGUGGUGCAGUUAUGGUGCCUACCACCAUGUUCAUGGGGCAGGUGGUGACCGCGUUUGCCCCGCAGCAGGGCCAGGCUCAAACAAUCAGCAUCACCCAGCAGCCGUCUGCGCAGACGCCGGAGCAGCAGGCGCAAACGCAGUCACAGAUAGCUACAGGAACAGCCCAACAGCAGGGACAGGCUCAGCUUGCCCAGCAGCAAACGCAAUUCCUACAGGCCCCUCGGCUUUUACACGGCAACCAAUCUGCCCAGCUGAUCCUUCAAGCCUUUCCCCUGCAGCAGCAAGGCACCUUUGCAGCCGCAACACAACAACAACAGCAGCAACAACUGCAACAGCAGCAGCAACAACUGCAGCAGCAGCAGCAACAGCAGCAACAACAGCUGCAGCAGCAGCAUCAACAACAACAACAGCAGCUGCAACAACAACAUCAACAACAGCAGCAGCAGCUGCAGCAGCAAAUGGCAGCUCAUCGCUCCGACAGCAAAGCGCCACCUCAGUAGCUGACCACACGUCAGGGACACAACCCAGUCUCCACUGAGCAGUCCUGCAGGCUGAGGGGCUUCUGAGGGGGCUGUUUGAAGCUAAACAAUAGCAGUAUUUCGUACUGUACCCUCUCAGAUACCCUUCCACUGCUUAUAGGUGAAGGGCAAGAGCUAAACGGGUGUUGAUUUUCACCCCGUGCCCUCUCUGACCUAUAGGUAGUUGAUCACCGGCUGCUUGCACUGAAUUCUGGGAGAGGUCCGACCAUGAAAGCCAAACUUUCCGCUGGCUGGUGAGGAAACAGCGGCGUCUGGUUUUCCGCGAACAUUCUCCACCACAAUAUUCGCAUCCCCCUUUGUCUCGUAUGCCCAGUGUGUGCCGUCAUCCCUCUUUUUCACAGGUUUAAUUUAUGCAGAAGAAGCUUGAAGAAGUCACGCAGGACAAACGGCGUCUUUCUCUUUCCUACUCAUUUUACUUGUCGCAAGUAAUAAUGGGUCAGAAAAUAUUUUUACGAAUUUCACGUGGAUUCCGCUUUUAUUGUACAGUUCACCUGUAAAAUAAUGUGUAAAUAUAUGGACAAAAGGAAAGAGAAACUAAUAUUUUAUAUGAUGCAUGAGACAAAAAGCGUAGUCUGUUAUUUGUAGCUUUGAAUAUUCUUUUUUUCUAAUAUUCAGAGGAAAAAAAGCUAAACUUAAUACACAUAAUGGCUGAUCUCUUCACAGACUUCCUUUUUCCAGUGGUAUGUGGGUGAGUGUGUGUAUGUGCUUGCGCACGUGUGUGUUCGUAUGUGUGUGUGUCUGCCAAUGCUGGAUCCACAGAUCGUGUCACAGUUGGUUUAAAAACGGCCUUCGUGUUUUAGUAAAACUGUUAAAGGAACAGGCAAUCUUUAGAUGUUUCGUGUCAUGUUAUGCACCUUAGUAAUUGCAAAAAUAUAGAUAUAUUUCAGAGAGAUGUUUUACAUUUGUAAAUAGUUUAAAGAGAUGGCUUCAGAUUUAGUAUAUCAUGCGAUUAAGCAAAAAAAAAAAAAAAAGAAAAGUAGGAAAUGGUGCUUCGACUGUUUAGCAUAGAAUCAUUACGGCUGGCAGCGGCCUCGCAACAUUCGCUAUCAAAGCUACAUACUCUGCCAAACUGGAACUGAUGCUUAAAACAGCAAGGUUAUGAUGAGGAAAAAUAUAAUCGCAUAGUGUAUGAUCCUAAAGGAUACAGGUAAAUUAGCUUAAGGUAAGCCAUGGCUUCCUCUAGUUUUACAAUGGUUUACUUGGUUGUUUACACUGUUAUACAGUGUUUUAGGUAUGAUUAACUAAAUAGGUUUGAGUAACCAGAAAUAUUUUAAACCGCCAAACCUGUUUAUCAUCUAGAGAUAGUAAAUUAUCACAUAUUUGCACAGCUUCAAUGCAGGAACACUUUCACUUGCCUUUCUUGGGGCUCCGCUCGUUGACAUUUCAAUGACAGCAACUUGACUUUGCAACCCUCUUCCACUCAGCUCUGGGAAAGCAGGAAUGUAUCGGUUCACUAGUACCUCUGUAAUGCUGACAUAGUCACUAUUAGCUUCUAUCUCGUCGUCCAAAGCACAGCAAACAACCCUAAUGUUGACAAUCUGUUUCUUGUUACAAUUCGGAUGAGCCUGACUGUAGUUGAUUAAUUUGACAUUCAAACAGUUUAACUGUCUUCAGGAUCUUGAGAUUUAGAUUUAUGCUCGACAAGACAGUAAUUGCUAGAAUUAAAGCUUCCCCAAAGUUGUGAGUAGUUAACCAUCAUGAAUGUUCAGAAGUAAUAAUUAUGUUUUCCUCUAGUUAUAUAUCUAUAUGAUUUAUGGAACCCUUUUUAUCCUUAAGAAGAAAUCUUAAACACUAUUUUUUUUUUUUUUUUUAAGUUAUGAAAGCUGAGAGUCACUUUUAUCAACGGGUAGCACUUAUGGAUGACAGUUUUUGUACUUUUUGUUUUGGUCUUGUAAGACAAGAUCGUGUUAUUAAUUGUUUUAAUUAUUAUUCCAAUCAUCAGAAGUUUGCGCACUAAUGAGCAAUAUUGCCUCUUCAGGUUAGUACGAGUAGACAGGUGUAGUUCAUUCCAAUAUUUUCAAUAUCAGACCUCACUAUAUAUAAAAGUGCCAGUCUGAAUGUUUGGUUUUUAAAUCCAAGCACCCGGAGUGCUGGUCCAAUCACAGUUCAUGUUGCAGUAUCCACUCAACGGCAGAAUAACUCAUGUGAUCUAUAGUAAUGCAGUAUGAUUAUGUAAUCUAACUCAUCCUAUUGUUCUUCAAGAUGGUCCUAAGGUCUAUGACGGUCAUUGUGUUGGUUCAAUACCACAGAAAUCUUGUGACGGCAUGGCUAGAAUGAGCAAGGCGAGAUUAUUGAUUGAAUGUAAAACUGUCACUUAGCUUUAUAGUAACAUUUCAAGAAUAUUUUAAAGAGGAAUAUAUUGAAAAUUUAGAUGUUCUUAUUUUUCUACGGCAAGGUCAGAACAGAGAAUUUAUGCAGAUAGACUAUAGUUGAUGUAUAAAACGGCUGUUAUACACCUUUUGCUAGAAAAGGGAACAGAAAAUUAAGCUUACUCCAUAUUGUAACCUCAAGUGAAGGAUUUAAACAAACUGUGACACACUGGAGGACCAGUUGAACUUUCUCCCCACAAUGCAGUUGGAUUAGGAAGUGUUUAGGUUUUUGCCUGAGUAAGAGAGGUCUUUAAUGUUUGCUACAGACUUCUGCUUAUGUUUUGGGGUACUUGAAGGUAAUACAUCAUUUUUUUCUUUCUUUUUUUUUUUUUUUUUUUUUUUUAAACAAUCUUGCUUAAAGAGUAUAGGUCACCUAUACAAAUUCAGGCUGGGUCAAAAAAGACCUUCUGAUGCAUAGUGCAUCCUCUCGCACCGGCAUCAGAUGUCAGUUGUCGACACGUGAUGAUGUUUUGGAGUACAAGGGGUUGUUUUUCUGUUUUCUGCACUGGUUUGUAUCAUGUCAGCCAUGAUACAAACAGAAAUACUACAGCUUCCUCAGGUUGGUUCAGAAUAAUAAUAAACCCACAUCCAUCUUGCCCCUCCUUUCUCUUCCUCACUUGAUCUUGUGAUGGUGACCUCUUCAAAAACACAUUCUUCUGCAUUUACACACACACACACAGGACGAUACA